UUGGCUACAGUAUUCACGUUAUAUUUCCUUACUUUCCAUAAGUGAGAACAUCGCAAUAUGACUGGAAUAUUUCAGUUGUUAUUAUUGGUCAGCGUGACUUUGGCCUCGGAGCCAACGUGUCCAGCGUGUUCCAAAUACGACUAUGAGGAAAAGAUGCUCGAGAGAAUGAUCCGCAUGGAGUUCGCUUUUGAGAAAUUGGACGAAAAGUUGGAACAGAAUUUGAACAAGCUUAAAGAGGAGAAAGCACGUCUGCAAGAGAUCGUUGAUGACCUAAAGGAUCAACAAGAACAAGCAGAAAGUAGACUGGUUUCGCUUAUGGAGGAGGUUGAGAGAAACCAGUCCAGUACACUUAAGAUGGUUGUAGAUAAUUCUAACAGUACGUUAGAACAAAUCAGUGCCGCCUACAAUAACAUAAAAGAACAAGUUCUCAUCCCAGCGGUGUACUUCCACGCUCGCUCUCCUCAGACUAGCAGUCUGUCCACAGGAGAAAUAAUAGUUUACAAGACAGGGGAGAUCAACCAGGGCAAUGGCUACAGCGCUACCACGGGCAAGUUCACCGCUCCAGUACAGGGACUCUACAUGUUCUUCAUGCACACCUGUACCAAUACAAACAAGUAUGGUUAUCUACAAAUAGUGAAGGACGGGUUAAAUCUCAUUGCAAAUGACCAGCAUGAAACGACUGGAAUUACCUGUUCAAGUAGCCAGGUGUUUGUAAAUCUUGACAUCGGAGAAAACGUGUGGGUACAGUGCACAGUUAUUGGCUCGCAGCUAUAUCAUGAUGAAGCGCACCGUUGGACUAGUUUCGGUGGUGCUUUAAUUCACAAUUGAUAGCUAUGGAGCGAAACGUUCCUGUUCAAACUCACGCACGGAACGCAUAUGAACGACGACUCGUCGAAUAUUUUAUCGAUAUUUUUAUUGCAAUUGGAACUCUACUUAUAGUGAAUUGAAGACCUUUUUUUCAAAUAAUGUAUUCAAUUACUCCUAUAGACUUUAUGACCCAUCUGUAUCUUGUUCUUAAACGUUUUGCUUUAGAAGUGUACCAAUUAGUUUUACAGAUUUUAAAUGAUAGCUUCAAUUAUAACUAUGAGCGUUUUAAAGGCACAAUGAUUAAACCCUAAUAGACACUCAACGAGACAGGAAACACCACAAGGCAACAAAGACAGACAUAUAACAUUAUUAUUAAUACUUAUAAAUUGUUAUCAGUACAAAAUCGCUUUACCGCAUGGGAGCGGUCAAUGGAAAAAAAUAGUACGCUAGGAGGUUAGAAGAUCAGACGCCUGUUUUAUCACAUAAAAAUGCAUGGAUUUUAAAAAUUCCGUAUUGAAGUCAUAUUUCAGAAAAAUCACUUUAACUUAUGUUAAUGAUGGACGAGUAAAUAAUGGCACGUAAUUGAAUGAACAUGCGUAUUUCAAACAGUACUAGUUGAGAUGUUUGUUUUCGUUAUUCGUUAUCUAUAUAUAUUGAGAGUUGCCGACAGUAUCUUUUGUUGCGUUGUGCUAUAAUAUAUAUCCUUCCGUUCAAGAUGACAUCACGCUAAUAGCGAUAAGGCUACGCGUACCGUGUCACAUGACCCAUUAGUAAGGGCCUUCCGAAGUGUACACAGAAAAAGCCGAUUAGAAUAAACAGAAGUUAUUUUGGCAAUUAAAUAAGGCAAAGACAUUGGACGUGGUAACACGUAACAAUUAACGCAAGUAUUGCAUUCAAUUAGUUGAAUGCAGCAUAUGACUUAGUUAAAUAUAUGAAUAUAAACGUUUCCCUUAAUUUCUUAAAACAUCGAAAUCGCAAAUUUCGGUUAGGAAAACGCGUAUUAAUGUUUCUUUCGAAAUUAAAAAAACACACCAAAGACGUGUUUAGAAAAAAAGUCAAAAAUGAAUGAGUUUUGCUGUUCUUAUUUUUUUUCUCCAUUAAAAAUUGCUUGUUUUGUUCAA